UAAACAUGGGAGCCGGGAUGAGCUCGUGCCAUUCAGUCGCGAGGAGUUGGCUGCACAGCUGGAGUGACUUUCGCUCGGCGCUGCUGCCCUGAAAGUGAAGCGGGAUGAAUGAGGAAGCGCUCGGUUUCUUUUGAGGAGCGGUUGUGAUCUGUCAGGUCUGAUUUGGAACCCUGGUCUAGUUUUGUUGUUCCAUCUGGAUCCAGAGUUGGUGUUAGUGAUGGCUGACCAUCUGCCCCCUGCUCUGCUGGAGGCCUGUGUGGUGUUAGGAGCCUCUAGUGAAAAACUCAGUGAGGUCUAUCAGGCUAUUGACAAUAAUGAAUCUCCAGACCACCUCCUGUUGGAGCCUGAGGUGCUGCAUGUCCUGGCGCCUCCCUUCUUUAGCAGACCGCUAGAUGAGAGUGAUACAUUGAGGUCACAUGGCAGGAGGCGGCGCUCCUUUCUCAGGAAGAAGAGGGAACAUCCUUCAGCUGCAGCGACCCCGAGCCAAGGUGGCAGAAGAAAAAGUGAGGAUGUCAUUGUACCCGGAGACAUCGACCUCAUGGCUUUACCCCAACUCUGUUUCCCGGGUGGGCUACAAGUAACUAGUGAGCAGAAAGAUGAACAAUUCCACUUCCUGGUUUUCACUGAUGUCUUUGGCAACAAGACCCAUGGAGUAGUAAUGCAAUGUUACCGACCAAUACUGGAAGGGACGUCUAUCUUCCAGAACAGAGCUGGGGCCUCUAAACAUUUCUCUGCCUACGGCUUCUGUGUCAUAUCCAAAUAUCCUUACUUUACUGCACUCAAAGAUUGUCUGUCAUGUCUGUUAAUCCAGUUAAGAACUUGUCGUUUAUCUGACAUGGAGGAGAGAGUGAAGGAGUUUGCAGCCAAACUUUCCCUGGUGCCUAUUCCCCCUCCUGGAGUACUACAUUUGAUGUUUACCUUGCAUCCUUUGACCAUCGUAUUACCAUCCAGAGAAAAAAAAGACCAACCAGCUAUAGAUUUAGACCUCCAUCUGCCUUUCUUCUGCUUCAGGCCACAGCAAAUACUACAGGUGCUCUCUUGUCUCCUGCAGGAGCAGCGGGUGGUGUUAUUUUCUGCUGAUUGGGCAAAACUCACGCUGGUGGCAGAGAGCUUCUUGCUUUUCCUACAGCCUCUGUUGUGGCAGCAGCCAUAUGUUCCUGUCCUGGCCAGAGGCAUGCUGGACUUCCUCAUGGCUCCUACUGCCUUCCUUAUGGGAUGCCAUCUCAGCCACUUUGAAGAGGUUGCUGCUGAAACAGACCAUCUGAUCCUAAUCAACAUUGAUAAUGGAAGUGUCUCCACUUCUUGUUCUGAGACUCUGGACCUACCAGAGAUUCCCCCGGCGGCUGCAGACUGCUUCACACAGAGGUGUCAGUCCCUGAAGAUACAUUUUGACCUGCAUCAGUGCAACCAUGCAAGCUGCACUGACAUCAGUGAGCAGAGGGCUCAGAGAAGAGCGUGGCAACGCACCCUCAACCACGACAUCCAGAGGAUCACACUGGAGCUGAUGGUCAACAUUUUCAGGGAUGUUAGCAGCCAUCUGAACUGCGAACAUCGAGUGUUUAACAGUCAAGAGUUCCUGAAAACCAGAGAGCCAGCCGAACAGCUGUUUUACAAAAAGGUGUUGGAGACACACAUCUUCCAUUUCUUCCUUAAGGAUCGUCUCAACAAGAAAAUUGACAACUUUGCUCAAAUGGAACUCAGCACUCGUUCUGAGAUGCAGCGGGUGAAAGCUAUGGUUGAGGCCCCACGCAGACCCACCAUGCAGGAGUUUCAAGACCGUAGAUGCAGUUCUAUUGCAGAUGUUAAGCCGAGUAAGAGACUGGGGAUGAGCCUCCCUAACCUCGGAGAUGACCAAACAAUCAGCUUUCAAAGAAACUCACUACUGAGCAGGAUCAUCAUGCCUGACGCAGUGCUGAGAACUCUUCCUAAACCAACAAAGGUGUUUAAGCUCCCGGAUUUCCCAUUCUCUCUGUCCUUCCACUCUGUCCAAGGGUAUUACUGUGAGCUGAUUCAGCAGCUUGGCAAAUCCAUCUCUGUCCAAAAUGAGAACUCUUCCCUGCUGGCAAGAUUCUACUACCUGCGUGGUUUCAUUAACACACUGUACGGGCGGCGACUGGAGGCUCUGGGUGAUUUCCAGAACCUUUACAGGACAGACACUGCCAUCUUCCCCACACAGCUGGUCACAUGGCUUGUGGACUCACUGCACCGAGACGAGAGGCAGCAAGCUGACAGACGGCCUGAACUCAAGAGACUAAUCCUUAAGGUGAAGACAGACAGUGAGAAGCUGCUGGUGCAGCCUGAUGAACACGUCAAGAAAUUUAAGCUUCCCAAAGACACUCUGCAUCUGGAAGAGUUUGUGCGUUGCAUUCAAGAGUGCGGGAUUGUAAAAGAUGCAGCAACUAUACACCGAUUAUUUGACGCUCUCAGUGAUGGCCAGCCAAAGCAGGUGAAGCCUGAUCUGUUCAAAGACUUCUACAACUUCUGGAAGGAGAAGGAGGCCAAGGCACAAGACGUUGACUUGCCCUCUGAGGUCAUAGACCAUCUUGACAAUAGCGAGUGUGUCUACAAGUUGUCGUUGUGUGUCAAGACCUCCCAUGGCGUCGGUAAAAUUGCCAUGACUCAGAAACGUCUCUUAUUGCUCUCCGUGGGACGACAAGGAUUCCUGGAAAUCGCAAAGUUCAGAGACAUAGAGGAUGUGAAGGUUGCCUCAGCUCCGUUUCUACUUCUUCGUAUUCCUUCCCUUCGUAUUCAGACCUCUGGUAAGCUAGAGAUGUUUGAGGCUAAUCUAAAGACAGAGACUGUACUCUGGAACUUCAUGGUGAAAGAGAUGUGGGCCGGACGCAAGAUGUCCGACCAGCACAAGGACCCUCAGUACAUGACUCAGGCUCUGACCAAUGUCCUGUUAAUAGACGCUGUCAUGGGCUGCCUGCAGACACAGAGGUCCAUCAUUGCUGCCUCAAAGCUGGCCUACUUCGAUAAGAUCAAAUAUGAAGUACCCAUGAUUGUGCCUAAAACUACCUCAGAGACACUAAAACACAAGAUCAACCCCUCACUGGACCUGGCCGAACCACAGACUGUUCAUGUGCUGCUAUACACACCAGGUCAGUUGUCUUGCAAUGACUCGGCGGGUGAGAUGAACCCCAAACUGUGGGUGGCUCUCAGUGGGGGCAAAGUGGUCGUGUUUGAUGCAGCUAGCUGGUCCAUGCUGCAGGACUGCAUCCAGGUCGGAGAGAUGCAGCUGAACUGCAUGCUGGGAUUGGUCCAAGAGCAGGUGUGGAUUGGCUCUCAGGACUCUGUAAUCUACAUCAUUGACACUCACAGCAUGUCCUGCAACAAACAGCUGACUGAGCACAGACAUGAAGUGACCGGACUGACGGUGGACAACAGAGAUCAACACAACAGUCUGCAGAUGUUCUCCUGCAGCAGUGAAGGGACAGUCCUGCAGUGGGACUCCGCCAGUCUGAAAGUGAAGCGACAGAUACACGUCAGCUGCAAGCGUCUGUCCUCCAUACAGAUCUAUGAUGGCACUUUGUGGUGCUGUUGUGAUGGAAGUAUUGUGGAACUGAAAAAGAGUGGGACACCACAGAGAAGCAUGGCACUUCCUGAUGACUUAAGGAGCACGCCCAGUAACUUCAGCAGCUUCAUCGUCCUCCCAGAGCGAGGUCAGUUGUGGACGGGCUGUUCCGACUCAGGCGAGCUGAUUAUCUGGCACACGAACAACCACACAAGUCCAUUCAAGAGAAUCUCCCUGCCAGGCAGUUCAGGAGUCACCUGUAUGAUUCGAGUAAAGGACCAGAUCUGGGUGGGCUGUCAUGGCAGGAGCGUUAUCGGGGGUCAGUGUGAGGAUCAACUGAGAAGUCAGGUGUUGGUGAUGGACGCUGAGAGCCAUACUGUGUCAAAGGAGCUGCAGGCCCAUUCAGACAGCAUCCAGACGCUCUGCUCUGCUGAGGACCGCUACGUCCUGAGUGGCUCUGCACACCGCGAUGGCAAAAUCGCCAUCUGGAAAGUUGAGUAAAAGCAGGGAUAGAGUGGAAGUGGAAAGAAGAACACAUGUUAGAAAGCAUUGAAGACUCUUACUGACCAGAUCCUCCUGUGGGUGUCGUAGAGUAUCGUCGUAGUAUGUUCAGGAUACAAUGGUGAAGAGAGAACAUUUUAAAUGAAUAGAGGUGCAGAGAAAAAUGAUAUUCUUCCAUUUGCUGGAAUAUCUUUUUGUACCCAUAUUUAAAUAGUUAUUAAAAAAUGUUAUGCUUGCAAUUGAAAUUGAAAACAUGGUGAUGGUAGAAGAGAACUGUUAAAAAUAUGUUUGGUUUUUGUCACUAAGAUGUUGUGUCUGAAUCUGUUCCUGGAUUACGAAGAGCAGAUCUUCAUCUUCUUGGAAACAAACCUUCUCCGAAAUGUGAAUAAGGUCAAUUCUGUGAAUAAGAAUGUUGUUUCAAAAACUAGAUUUUGUCUGCAUAUCAAAAGCAGGGAUAUUUAAAUGCUACAAUGAUUAUCAUUCAUGUUUCUCAACCAAUCAUAAAAUAAAACAUUUCAAGUAAGAUCAAAUAAUGUUGGUAUGUGUAUGAGCCUUCAGUUCUCUAGGUUGCUCCCUUUCCUCCAUACAGAUGCAGCCUCUACAAUCUAUUUUAGAAAGUGAUCCCUCUGGAUACUGCAAAAUUAUCGACAGAGGAUUUAAUUUAUAGAUUUUAAAUUCCAUAGUGAACAAUCAAAAAUCAAAUACUAAAAGUUUAACAAUACAAUGUUUUGACAAAACACACAUGAACUAAAACAAACAAAGGAUGCUACUUUUUUGAGGACAUCAGUAGUAUUCUUUUAUUAGUACAAACAAAAUGCAGCCACAGUCAAAGAGCUGGAACAUAACACACCUGUGAGUUAUUCAUUGAUGAAUUAUCAGUAGUAAUUACCUUUUUACUUUGUUCAAAUAAUUAAGGCAGACUCUGGUGUUUUAUUUCAAUGUCUAUAUAGAGAAGGUUUUAAAAUACAUCUAUAUUAUAAAAUAAUAUAGAUGUAUGACCCAAUGGUCUGCAGCAUGAGUGAUGUUUUGUUGCAUAUGGAUAUAUGGAUCACAGGAUGAAUUAAAGGGCCUCUCUGGUCUCAGUAGUAUAAUUCCUGAUCCCACCAACCUGAGGGAUUAAAAACCAUAGAUUAAUAAAUACUUUGUGAACAGUUCUUAUUGAUUAAUACAUGUUUAAUAAAAGGAUAAUCCUGGCUUACUUCCUGGAUGUCUUCUGACUCCUAACUUCCUGAUCUCAUCAUAGACAAAGAUUAAAAUACCAUAAGGGACAGGAACAAACCACCACUGAACUCUGGAAAAAAAACACAACAUGUAACAUUAGACCACAGGCUACAGGUGUAUAUUUGAUAUGGAAAUGAUUAAUAACGGGUGAGCUUCACACUACCAAUGGACUUUGAAUUCACAAUGUAUACAUUAGAAUGUGUAAUUCCCAACAUACAGACCACUUUUCCCUUACAAUCCAUUCUGAGCUUUGAAUUGAGGUGUUUGCCUUUACCUGAUUGGCAUGAAAUUGAAGAUGUUGGGCAUCCCAGGGCAGUAGCAAAGCAGAUUACCCAGAAGGAGCUGGAAGACUAUGGCAGAGACAAGGACACGGUUCCUGCACACAAAUAAAAACGAUACAAAUCAAACACACAACAAAGCAUAUUGUACCAUUUAAAAAGAACUGCAAUGUAGUACACAGACCUAAACCAUUACUAAAUCACAAGCUAAGAUUUGCACAGUUUGUUUGUAUCUGGUUCCACAAACCAUUUAAAAUGCUAACCACUUUUUUCUGUUUUAAUGAAAUG